AUUAGCACAGCGAAUUUUAAAAAUUUCAAAAAAUAAAUUAAAGUUCGCCAGUUCGCCUAAACAGGUAUUAUUGACAGUUGAAGAUAUAUUAGUCACCUUAUUUGGAAGGAGACGUCCAUGUUGAAAUCAAAAUCGCUCUCUACCUUGUUUGCGGGUAAGCAGAAGCAGACAUUUAGAUUGAGAGUUGUAUUCGACAACCCUGAAUCACGGGCUACACCGUUCACCUUCGCGUUUUCUCCAACUUUGACAGUAAAACAACUCAAAAAAGAAAUUAUUAGACAAGAACGUCUAAGAGGAAGAGGAGACUUAUUUGAGCUGGUAGACGAUGAAGAGUUGUUAUUAAACUGUAUACGCCUAUAUAAAACCUCUAUCGAUGUUGGUGCAGAGAGUCAAUUUAGGCAACACAACAAACAACUCUUACAGAAGACGUCCAUAUUGUCUUACUUCAGUAGUACGUUCGUCGGUGAUGACGAUAUGCCAAUCAAGACACUCAUGAAGGAUGGCAGUUGGUUGAAAAACGACAACAUUAUACACAUGGUAGCGAGAGUCGUUCCAUAUGCAAAUGAUACUCUUACACUCUUAGCCACUUUUCAAGAUGAUAUCAGUAUUGAAGACAACACACCACCAAUAGUUAUUGAUGCAGAUGGCGAAUGGUCACUACGUAAACUCAAGCAAACAUUAAUCCAAGCUGAUGGAAGACCAAUAAAUCCGUCGAAGGCGUUGUUAUAUGCUUCUGACUGUACAUUCUCGCCAAGUGCCGAAAAGAAUACCAGUAUAGACACCACAGAGAUUGAAAGAGCAGCGAAAGUACCACUUAGAGUUGAGUCCUUAAAAGUUAGUAACUUUUUCCCACCAAAAUCAGAUCUUGACAAGAUAUCAAUCAUUAUUUCAUUCGACAUUAAGGAACUUCCACCUAAAGUUCGCUAUAUUCAUCCAAGACAGAGGUUUAUAUUUGAUCCGCUACUCACGAAACGUGAGAAAGCAACCAAAUGGAAACCAGCUACUGUUAAUGCAAGAGGUACAUCACAUCAAAAGAAGACUAUCGAGAAAUCCAAUAGUGAUGGUGAAAUUGGUGGACCUGGUCCACAAUUUUUGUCACUUCCCCAACUCGAUUUUAGCAAUUCGUCACAUGUUUCUACACCAACUGAGCCUCAACCUCAUACACCAACUGAUGGACAAUCUGAGAUCAAUAGACCAAAGGAAGAACAAUAUGGUUUCCUUAACAAUGACACAGAUACAUCAACAUCAUUGGCAUUAGCUUUGGCAUCACUUGACAGACCACUAGUAAUCUAAUCCUGAUGUUGCAAUCAUAUAAGGCACUCAUGAUCAUUAUUCAAUUUUAUUAGUCAAUAUAGUAUUUAAUAGAACAAUUUUACAAACACGGAAAUUUUCACUUAAUAUAGUAGCAUAAAUGUAUAUCAAGAAAAAAGCAACAAUCAGCAAGCAACUAGGUGCAUCUAGCAGGAAAAUUUAUAAUAUCUCUUUCACAAUUACG